AUGUACAUCUUCCUCCCGGACGCCCACGACGGCCUGCCGAACCUCAUGGACAUGAUGACCUCCCGCCCUAGCUUCCUAUGGGACCACAUGCCGAGGAAACACGUCAAGGUUGGCGAGUUGCUGUUGCCCAAGUAUAAGCUCUCCUUCUCCAGCAGAAUCAAUGGCGUUCUUGAGGACAUGGGGAUCAAGGACGCCUUUAAGGAAGGCACUGCCGACCUGUCUGACAUGCUGGAGCGUGAGAAGCGCCUGGUAUUGAAGCAUGUUUUCCAUAAGGCGGUCAUUGAGGUGAACGAGGAAGGGACAGAAGCAGCGGCCUCUACUGCUUGUGUGUUCCAAAAAAAGUCUUUUCUUUGA